CACUUGCAGAACAGCAGGUUAUCUAUUUAACUCGAAGUUUACCGGUUAAAUUAAUAAAUUGGCUUGCACAACAGUAGGUUAGGCAUUAACUCAGAGAUAAAAACUUAAAUAUUUAACCCACAAAAUUUUGAGGGUUAAAUUGUUAAGUUAGUGUCAGUUCUGCCGAAAACUAGAAAUACAAAUAAAAUUUAAAUUCUUUAAAUUGUGAAAUAUUUUAUGUAAAUAAAUGAAAAGAUGAACGAAUUGGUGCAUUCUGACGAUGAUGAGGAAAUCAUUGAUUACGUCAACUCAGAUUUCUAUAAUAGAUCAACAGCGGAGCGAAGUGAUCAUUAUAAUGAUCUGCGAGAGAAAGCAUUCCACAGGAGAUUUCGCUUGCAAAAGGAAAGCGUUAUUUUCCUUUUAGACAAGCUUAAACCGUGGUUAGAAUGCUCAAAGAGCAAUGCAAUAUCUCCUAUGAACCAGUUACUAUGUGCAUUGCGAUUCUAUGCUACGGGUAGUCAACUCGUAACGUGUGGGGACUUCAUUGGUGUCCAUGAGUCUACUGCAAGCAGAAUCGUGCAUAAAGUUACUGAUGCUAUAGCACGUUUGUACCCAGAAUUUAUACGAAUGCCGACAGAGGUAGAAGACAUGAGGAAAGCUGCAGUGAAGUUCUAUGAAAUUGCUCGAUUUCCGCGGGUCAUUGGGGCUAUAGAUUGCACUCAUGUCAGGAUAAAGUCGCCAGGAGGGGAAUAUGCGGAAAUAUAUAGGAAUCGAAAGGGUUACUUUUCAGUAAACACCCAAGCAAUCUGUUCUGCAGAUUUAUUGUUUACCGAUGUCGUUGCAAGGUGGCAUGGGUCUUCUCAUGAUUCUCACAUUUGGGACAAUUGUAAUCAGCGCAGAUAUUUUGUUCAGGGAGCAUAUGGUGAUUUCUGUUUGCUUGGAGAUAGUGGUUAUGCUCAAACCACAUUUAUGAUGACUCCAUUAGGAAAUGUGAGUUCAUCAGCGCAAUCUCUGUACAAUGAGUCACAGAUAAGAAGUCGAAAUACAAUAGAGCGAACUUUUGGAGUUUGGAAAAGAAGAUUUCCAAUAUUGUCCAGAGGAAUCCAAGUGCACUGGAGCAGAGUACCUGGAAUUAUUAUAGCUACUUGUGUUCUCCACAAUAUUGCUCGUCAACAAGCAGAUCCGGAUCCUGUUGUCGAUGCUGAGUACCCUGCAAUGAUAGAAACUGUAGACAGCCGGAAUGAAAUACAAAAUACCAACAGUUCUUCUAGAACCUCUCCAGGAAAUCGGGCCUUAUAGAUCAAUAUUUUGGACGAUUAUGAAUUUUAUUGCUAAACAAACCCUCUGUUUCUCAUAUGUUGUUGAAUAAACAUAUCCUUUAGUUUAACAAAAGAGAAUUUGUUUUAAUUUUUAGUUUACGGGUUUUCAUUUAGUUUUUAUUUUUGAACAGAGAAGCUUAAAUGUAGUAUAUAAAGAUUAAUAGUUUCACUUGAAUAUUCACAUAGUUUUUUCUUCAAGAUUCGAUCUUGUAUCUGGACUUGUGAACAUCGGACAGCCUUCAUUUAAACUUCUUUUUACAAAGUUUGCCUAUAUUUUUCCAGCUCAAGACUUCUAAUCGCCUCAUUGUGCUCUAAUUUCUUCUUCUUGUCCUCUAUUUCCAUUUGUCUCAAUAUCCGGUUAUGUUCCCGCCUUUCUUGCUCAUCG